UCUCCACUCUCGCAUAACAUAAAUAAGUAAUGGACGACGAAAACAGCAAUUCUGACGACGACUUCUGCUCCUACUCUCCCCGCUGCGCAGCCGCCGCGGCGCCCGGGCACGCGCCUUUCGGGGCCCUUGCCCCUUCGCGCGGCCCAGCGCCUAACUAGCGCUGCCCGGGGCGCUGCCCCUGGCACGUGUGGCCCCUCUUUGGCAAGCCGCACACGCGGCAAUGGUAGACCCCCUUUGGCUUGGCGGCGUCCGCCCCGCCGGCGGAGCCUGCGCCUCGGCCGCGUCCGCCGCGCCCACGUCCGCGUCCGCGAUACGCCCCAGCCGGCGGGUGGCUGCUUGCCGCGCCAUUAGCCGACCGCGCUCCCGGGCUCGAGGUCGCGUCGCGCAGCAGCGACGUGGAGUUCCAGCCAGGGGGCAGGAUGCGCCUGCCAUCGCCACCGCCCGCGGGGGGCGUGACGCUACCGCUGGCGGCGUGCCCACCGGCGGCGGCAGGGCCGCCGCCCCCAUUGCCUGCCUCCGAUGGUGGCCGGCGGGCGGCUGCCUGCGACCGCGGCGAGAGCGGCGGCGGCGCUGGCGACGCCGGCGCUGCCCUCGGUGGGGUCGACAUCUGCGGCAGUUCGAACUCCUGCGAUGCCUGCGAGGCGUUGGAGUCCUGAGAUGCGCUCGAUCUUGCCUCGGCCGGCGGCGUCGCAUCCUCGGGCUCCUGCGUGGCGUUGGGGUCCACGCCGCCGCCUCCGCCGCCUCCGCCGCCUCCGCCGCCUCCGCCGCCUCCGCCUCCGCCGCCUCCGCCGCCUCCGCCGCCUCCGCCUCCGCUUCCGCCGCCGCCGCCGCCGCCGCCGCCGCCGCCGCCGCCGCCGCCGCCGCCGCCGCCGCCGCCGCCGCCGGGCUCCUGUGUGGCGUCAGCGUCGUCGUCGGAUUCAC